AUGGCGGAUAGACGACGCGAAGGAAUUAGGAUAAGUAUUGAUAGGGGUGGGACAUUUACUGACUGUUUUGGAACCAUUCCCGUUCCUGUUUCUGAACAAUACCCAAAUGGAAGGCGUGAGGUUGUUAUAAAAUUGUUGAGUGUAGACCCUCACAACUAUCCCGACGCGCCACGGGAAGGUAUUAGAAGAAUCUUGGAACAUGUAACAGGGAAACCUCACCCAAGAAACCAACCCGUUGAUACUUCCCAAAUAGAAUCUAUUCGUAUGGGUACUACAGUUGCCACUAAUGCGCUUUUGGAAAGAAAAGGCGAACCUUGUGCUCUUUUGAUCACUAAAGGAAAUCAAUCACGUCCAAAAAUUUUCGAUCUUGCUAUUCGAAAACUCGAAGUUUUAUAUAAAAGGGUCAUUGAGGUUGACGAACGAGUCAUAUUGGUCGAUCAUGCUUAUCCUUUAGAUGAACCUCAAAAUCACAUUUCCCUAGGGAUUCUGCAGGGUAUUUCGGGGGAAUAUGUUAGCAUUAUUAAAAAGCCAGCUUUGGAUAUCAUCAGACGUGACUUAGAAGCUCUGUAUGCGGAAGGAAUUAGAAGUGUUGCAAUAUGUUUAAUGCACUCUUAUACUUAUUCAGAACAUGAACGGCUAAUUGAGCAAGUCGCGUCUGAAAUUGGUUUCACUCAUAUAUCACUUUCUUCCGCCAUAAUGCCGAUGAUUAAAAUAGUCCCACGUGGAACCUCGUCAACUGCAGACGCAUAUUUGACUCCUUGCAUCAAAAAAUAUAUUGAAGGAUUUGUCUCAGGAUUUGACAAAAACUUAUUUGAAAACACGAGAUUAGAGUUUAUGCAAAGUGAUGGUGGCCUUGUGCCGGUUAAUAAAUUUUCAGGAUUUAGAGCAAUAUUAUCAGGCCCAGCUGCUGGGGUUGUAGGAUACGGUUUGACCUCUUAUUCUCACAAAGAAAAAACUCCGGUAAUUGGUUUUGAUAUGGGCGGAACAAGUACUGAUGUUUCACGCUACGAUGGACGUUUUGAGCAUGUAUUUGAAACCACAACAGCCGGUAUGACUAUUCAAGCACCACAAUUAGCUAUAAAUACCGUAGCUGCUGGAGGUGGAUCAUGCUUAUUUUUCCGUAAUGGAAUGUUUGUGGUCGGACCAGAGAGUGCGGGUGCUCAUCCCGGGCCUGCUUGCUACAGAAAAAAUGGACCCCUUACUGUCACCGACGCAAAUCUCAUUCUUGGCCGACUGAUACCUAAAUAUUUUCCAAAGAUUUUUGGGCCAAACGAAGAUUUGCCUUUGGAUAUUGAGGUUACUCGACAACGUUUUGAAGAAUUGGCCAAAGAAAUCAAUGCUUUUGUUGGUCAAGACAAGGAAAUGAGUGUGGAAGAGAUUGCAUUUGGGCAAGUUUUAAAAUAUGAUAUAAUUUAUCGAGCCCAAACUUAG